AUGGCCCAACUACAAAUCCCACCAGUGACUCUAGACGACCUUCAAACCUUCCAAGCCAAGCAUUUCCUCGGCCACCAAACACCAGCAUGUGACAACCCGACCGCCCCAGCCGAAGACGCUUACUACCCCUACGAAGAAGAAGAAUACUAUGACGAUGGCGAUGAUCUCGGAUUCUACCCAGAUGGCGUAGAACGUACUCUCACAGACGAGCAGAUCAGGAUAUUCCGGCAUAGCGAGAUACACGCAAUACUGCGGGAGAGACAAUUAAGAGAAGAGGAGGCGGAGUAUGAGGGGUCUGAUGAGCAGGCUCAGGCUCAGGCUCAGGGUCCGGCUCAGACUGGGAAUGCGAAGCGGAAACGUGAGGACGAAGAUAAUGAUGAGGGCGGGUUGAAGCGGGUCGGUUCGAAGCUGGCCGAAUCGGCUGGUGUCGGUACUGGGUCGACGGCACUGGAUUAUGAUGAUGAGCAGGAACCUCGUGAGAUUCAGAGACCUGCUGCCAGUGCUCCGUUUGCUGGACGGAGGAUUAUUUCGUAUGAGGAUUGA